AAAUAAAAUAAAUAGAAACCCCUUGGUACUAAGAUUGCCUUAAACCCUUUUCAUUAUCAUUUUUAACUAAAUUAUAUCCUACAAUUUUCUUCCCAAAUCCAGUCAUUCACCUAUGCGCGGAUUCCAAAUGAAAGUAAACUCGGCCGAAUAGACGCAAGGACUUCGCUUGAAUCGGAACAAAGUCGUGUUAUUAUGUUCUGUACAGAUCGUGUUACACACUAAUCCCUCUCCUUGUUCGUGGCCAUUCCUGAAAUGGCUGUGAAAGUUUUCAUCUUUGCGCUUUUGGUGUGCGGAGUAGCCGCGCUUUAUGAGCCUAUAUCAGAGACCCACAGAUCUGCAGCCAUUGAGCUCUUUGUAAGCAAGCGGGACGGUUCUUAUGGAAGUCUGGAGGAAAGUUAUCAAGCCAUUCGAUCUUUUGAUGUUCUCGGCAUUGAAGUACAAGAUUCGCCUGAUACAUGUUUCAUGGCGUUCCAAUCACAGAAAGCUUCUUCAGCAACAGUGAAAGACAUUUUUUAUGCACUCAAGAUCACGGAGAUACUGAAAUGUUCGCAUGAUGAACCCGAUCAUGUUGGGGCCAUUUUAUCAAGACUUCAAUCGAGUUUGAAGGUUGCGAAUUCUUUGAGAGAUUACUAUUAUGCUAUUGGAAGUCUCGUCUCCAUCAAGAAUCAGGAGUGGAUUUCUCAAAGUAGCACAAUUCUGGAAGAUGCCAGCAAUAUAUUUGACUCUAUCAAGACUUUAAGUCAAAGUGAUGGAACAUGGCGAUAUGCUUCUAGUGAGGGUGAAUCUAGUCCUAAUGCUGCUGGUCUUGCCUUGGAAUCACUUGCUGGAGUGUUGUCAUUGGCAGGGUCUCAGAUUGAGAGCUCAAAGAUUGGUUCGAUCAAGAAUGACAUAAUCAAGCUAUUUGAUGGCCUUGAAGGUUAUGAGGAUGGGUCCUUGUACUUCGAAGAAAAACCAGUCGAUGCUAGCAGUGGAACCGGAGGUUCACUCUUAGCAACUUGUUCUGUAGUGCGUGGUGUGACUGCAUUUGCAGCAGUUAUUGAGGAUAAGAUAAAUAUCCCAGAAGAUAAGGUUGUUGGUAUUGCAAAAUUCUUUCUCAGUAUUGGUGUUCCAGGAAGCUCCACUGAAAUGUAUCAUCAACUUGAUGCUUUGGGGCAUUUGGAGAAAAACAGUGUUACUAUUCCUUUGGUCCUAUCAACCACUGCUACAACACUUUCAUUGACAUCUGGAGAUCUCUUAAAGGUGAGAGUUAGUACUGUGUUGGGAUCAGCUACACCUCCAAUGGAGGUUAACCUUGUCCGUGUUGUCAAGUCAAAUUCCAAAGAUGCUCCCAUAAUACAUGAUCAGAAGCUUGAUUUCAAUCAAGAAAGUUCGGAUUACACACUGGAUAUUCUCUCCAAGAGUGUAGAUGUUGGAAAAUAUUCUCUAACUUUUGAGGUAUUUCCACAUGAUGCUGAACAUGUGAAAACUUACUCUGCCGGAGGCCAAGUUCAGGCACUCAUUGCUGUUACGGGGAUUAUCCAGAUCAGUAAUGCUGAGAUAGCUGUAUUGGAUACUGACACAGGGAGCACAGAGACCGUUAAAAAGCUGGAUAUGACAAAGGAAGAAACUGUGUCAUUGGCUGCAAAUCAUUUGCAAAGGCUUCAAUUUUCCCUUCUAAUGACUUCUCCUUCUGGUGGUUCUUUUAAACCACAUCAGGUCUUCCUCAGGUUGAGACAUGAAAGUAAGGUAGAGCAUAUGUUUUUACUGAAACGUUCGGGCAAGAAGUUUGAUUUAGUACUGGACUUCCUUGGCCUGGUCGAAAAAUUCUACUACCUAUCUGGAGUAUACACUAUUGAGCUUGCUGUGGGCGAUUCAACUAUGGAAAAUUCAUUUUUGAAGUCGCUGGUCACACUUGAGUUGGAUUUGCCAGAGGCUCCAGAAAAUGCUGCUCGUCCUCGUCCUGUAGCUGCUGAUGUUGCUUCUCGAUUUGCUCCAAAACCAGAAAUAACACACAUUUUCAGAGUGCCUGAAAAGCGGCCUCCACCUCAGCUUUCUUAUGCAUUUUUAGUUCUUACUUUACUGCCUUUACUUGGAUUUUUGAUUGCGCUUUGGAGUUUGGGAGCAAAUUUGAAGAAUUUUCCUGGCACUGGCUUGCCAUUGGUGUCUGCUAUACUUUUCCAUGGUGGCAUUCUGGCAGUACUAGUAUUAUAUGCUCUUUUCUGGAUCAAGUUGAAUCUUUUCACCACACUAAAGUAUCUGGGUUUCCUUUGCAUCUUUUUGGUGGUUGUUGGCCACAAUAUCCUUUCCCAUCUUGCCUAUAUUUCUUCAAAGGCAAAAACAAAUUAAAGACGUGACUUGUUUCAAUUUUGAUAGGCUAGACGUCACACUGCCAGGAGAUAUUGGCACAAGAGUACCAUUAUUUCUUUAUCUUGCUAUGCAACGUAUUAAAGUGCACUUGAACUUGGAUGAAAUAUGAAGAGUAGAAAGAUUGAGGAACAAAAGAACUGUAUUUUCUCUGUUUCUUUAUUGCAUGUCAAUUACCGUGCAGUUUGAGGUUCACAUUACCAGUAAUAAUAAUGAAAAUGGGAUAUGUUUCUAUA